AUGAAGAAGAAGUCGGGGGCAUCCAACUACCUGUGCAUCGCACCCAUCUUUAACUCCUGCCUUUCCUCCGGUAAGCAACCGUCAAAUGACGCUGGCAGAAACCGGCUGAGCUUCUCUUUCCCGGACAGUCUCGCCGGCGGCAAGACCCAGCGCCAGCAUCAGCAGCAGCAGCAGCAGCCGGAGGAGCAGAAUUCAGAGAGCAUCAUCGACCCAGCCGCCUCAAUCAUCACCAGGAAGGACGGCCGGCACUGCACCGUAAUCGUAGGCACCAUCUUCGGCUGCCGCACCGGCCGCGUCACCUUCUGCGUGCAGCGAGACGCCGCCGUGCCGCCCCCGUUUCUCUUUGAGCUCUCCGUCCCGAUGCAGUCCCUCGCUACCGAGAUGGGUUCAGGCCUCCUCCGCAUCGCGCUCGAGUGCCACCGCCCCAGCGGCAUACCUCAUCACGACGGUGGCCGCGGCGGUGGAGGCAGCAGCGCUGCUACGGGCGGAAGCACGAGCAGGAAUGUGUGGAAGGCGUCCUGCAACGGGUGCGAUGUGGGGUACGCCGUGCGACGGCGUCCAACGGACUGGGAUCGGCGCGUGCUGGAGAACAUGCGGACGAUGACAACCGGAGUCGGUGUGCUCCCGCCCACGGUGGCGCUGGAGGAACGGCCCAACGAUGGGAACCUGCAGGACGGUGGCGGCGGCAGCGGCAGCGGGGAGGUGCUGUACAUGCGGGCGACGUACGAGAGGAUCGUGGGCUCAAGGGAUGCCGUAUCCUACCACCUCAUCAGCUCCGGCACUGGGGGCGGCAGCCCGCCUCAGGAGCUAAGCGUCUUCUUACUGCGGACCAGGGGUGACUGA